AUGAAGCACGUGAAUUCGCUUGCCUUCCUCUACAACGAGUUUAAGAGCAACGUGGAGGAUCUAGAGAAGACGUAUAAGGAUUUCCUCAAAGCGCUGAAGCUGUCAAAGGAGACAGAAGAGAGGCUAAUCAAGUUGAAUGACCACAAAACGGAGAGCUUCAUCACUGAGAUGGAACAACUCAAAAGUGAGUAUGACGUUUUUAAAGAUUCUAUGGAAGAAAAGCUUAACAAGAAAAAAAACGAAUUCAAUAAAACUUUGAAAAAGACCAUUGAGGGAUUUUUCCAAAAUGCUGUGAAGGAGUUAACAGGCAUCACCAAAUAUAUUAGAUACAUAAAUCUCAAUGCAACCAAUUUGCACAAAAUUGUCUCGAGGAUUUUCUCCAAGGCUAUGAAUUUAAGUGACAUAUAUGAACAGAACAUUAAUCAUAUCUACGAGAUUGGGAAAGAAUAUUAUCGAAUAAAGUUAAGUACAUUAAAUGAUUUGCUCUCCUCAGAGUAUGACCAAUACAAUAAGACACUCGGAUUCAUAUCGAAUGAGAAAUAUCUCGAUAACUUCUCAGACGUAUUCUACAUUGAAAUGUUAAAGAAUUAUUUAAAAAAUUCUACUCAUAAAACGGUAAUGAUUGAUUUGUCUAACAUCCUGGAGAGACAUUCCUUUCACGAGCUCUCCUACUUUUUUAACAUUUUUCUCAAAUCCUUCCAAAAGGGAGUCAUCAUUUAUGUCAUUAACAGAGUAGACACGAGUUACCAUAACAAUAAGAUGAUUUUUAUUGAGUACUUCAAAUUGUACGACCUGGUUCAUUACAUCAAGGAGAAUUAUGGGCACCUCAAGGUGGACUUUAUCGAAAUACAUGUCUUCAAUAUGUACAUCUCAUUCUUCGUUCAUUCCAAUGGGAUUCUGUAUCAUGUAAAUUACGAGUACUUCCUGGACGCUCACUCCAUCAAGCUCUACAACGCCUACAACUACGGCUACUUCUUCACCAACCAGAGGAUCCCCGAUGAGACCUCCUCGAGGGGAAGCCCUCAUGGGAACGCACCUUCGGGUGGAAGCGAUAAAUCUGGCGAUAACCUGGAGAGCGGUAAACCUGCCACCAACCUCGGAGGGGAGAAGGUCGACCCCCCUGACGAGCGCAUAUACGUACUCUACGUAGGCAGCCGCCUCGUGGAAGAUAAUUGCAUCAUGUACAACCGAAAAGAUAUCAUCGAGUUCAAGAAAAGCAACGCUUACAAAAUUAUACAACAGAACAAAUUCAAUUCGCAUGAUUCCUUCUUCAAUAUCUUCCUGAUGAAGCUAGAAUCCGAGUACAACUUCUACAAUCAGUUCCUCAGCAGCGAGCACGAGCACCUCUACCGCUUCUCCGUCCACAACUGCAACAUGAUUCUGACGUACGACUCCCUCAGCAAGUUCAACAUCCCCCAUGAGAAUUUCACCCCGCACUUUAAAGACGUGUACACCCUGAUCAUCAUCUACCCUGGAAGCAACGUCAGCUCCAUGUGCAGCCUCUUCAGCAACUACAUAUUUCGUGAAUCCAUCUACAACCUGCGGAAGGAGCAAUCCAAUGUGCUGGAGAUUUACGCACAGAGGAAAAAGGUAACUAUGUUGGUUAACAAUAAAACGAAGAACUACCACGUAGACCUGAACAACAGAAAAAUGGAAGAGCCUCUGGAGAGCAGCCUUCUCAAAAUGAAGAACUGCCUAAAGCAGUACGCGAAGAGUAACUACGAUGACUACUUGGAUUAUUUGAACAUCAUUUAUUUUGUCUCGUCCGAUUAG